CUGGUUUAACAGUCCUACUAGGUUUUGGCAUACUCUUAAGUAGAGUAGUGUGCGUUUCUGGUUGUAGUCAUGAGUCAGACCGUGUGGGUGUAUUUUUUUUUCUGAAGUUGCUUGGUGUGCUUUACAUUUGGCAACAGACAAGGAAGUUGUCGCUGUCAUCAAAGCAAGCCCCCCUUCUCAACAAUGGGAAAUAAAUGAUUUGCAUGGAUCAUACUGAGAUGUGACAAGAAAGUGGAGUGGGCGGAUUUGACUUCCCUGCGUCAUUAAAAUAAGAGAUGAGAAAGUUGUCUCUAAUGACACUUUGCACACUGUCUGCAAUCUACUUAAGUCUUUUUGAGCACUGAACAAGAAAGAUUCGGCUAUGGAAAGAGAUGAAACAACCAGUGCAGAACAUUUUUGAUAUCGCAUGCUGAGAAGAAACUGUUUCCCUUUUGUACCCUGAAGAUUUGGACUACACAUCUCAUUCCUGAAGGGGAUUGCUGGCGCAUGAUGGUACAAUGGAGCUUGUAUUGUUUGACUGACACAUAGAUGGCAUGUCAAAGUUGGAAAUACAGGAGGACGAGGUCUGUUGCGAGAUUCCCCGUUUCCUAGUAGGUUUUGAGGACCAUGUGCAUGGAGAACUGGAAGAUAGAAUCAUGAAGAACGUUACAGAAGCUUAUGAAGAAGAGGAGGAAGAUGACGAUCUGGCUUCAGAGCGUCAGAUUGUGGUGGGAAUCUGCUCUAUGAUGAAGAAGUCCAACUCCAAGCCUAUGACUCAAAUCAUGGAGCGCCUUUGCAAGUUCGAGUACAUCACCGUGGUCAUCUUCUCUGAAGAAGUCAUACUCAAUGAACCAGUAGAAAAGUGGCCUUUGUGCCACUGCCUUAUCUCCUUUCACUCCAAAGGGUUUCCGCUGGACAAGGCAGUUAGUUAUGCCAAAUUAAGGAGCCCUCUUCUAAUCAAUGAUCUCAACAUGCAGUAUUUCAUUCAGGACAGGAGAGAGGUUUAUCGCAUCCUGAAAGAGGAGGGCAUUGAUCUGCCACGCUUUGCUGUGUUGAACCGAGACCCUGACAGACCAGAAGAAUGUAGCCUGGUAGAAGGAGAAGACCAUGUUGAGGUAAACGGUGAAAUGUUUCAUAAGCCUUUUGUGGAGAAGCCUGUCUCUGCAGAGGAUCACAACGUGUACAUCUAUUAUCCAACUUCAGCCGGGGGAGGCAGCCAGCGGCUCUUUAGAAAGAUUGGGAGCCGCAGCAGUGUUUAUUCUCCUGAGAGCACUGUUCGUAAGACUGGAUCUUACAUUUAUGAAGAAUUCAUGCCAACAGAUGGUACAGAUGUGAAGGUGUACACAGUAGGGCCUGACUAUGCCCAUGCAGAAGCUCGUAAGUCCCCUGCUCUGGACGGGAAAGUGGAGAGAGACAGCGAGGGGAAGGAGAUUCGAUACCCAGUCAUGCUCACUGCCAUGGAGAAACUUGUGGCUCGUAAAGUGUGUAUGGCAUUCAAGCAAACCGUAUGCGGUUUUGAUCUCCUUCGAGCAAAUGGCCACUCCUUUGUUUGCGAUGUAAAUGGAUUUAGCUUUGUAAAGAACUCCAUGAAAUACUAUGAUGACUGUGCCAAAGUCUUGGGGAACAUGGUGAUGCGAGAACUGGCUCCUCAUUUUCACAUCCCCUGGUCCAUCCCCAUGGAAGCAGAAGACAUCCCUAUAGUCCCUACUACCUCAGGAACCAUGAUGGAGCUUCGUUGUGUGAUAGCAGUGAUUCGCCAUGGAGAUCGCACACCCAAACAGAAGAUGAAGAUGGAAGUUAGAAACUCUUUGUUCUUUGAUCUCUUUGAAAAAUAUGGCGGUUACAAGACAGGCAAACUCAAACUAAAGAAACCAAAGCAGCUCCAGGAGGUGCUGGACAUUGCCCGUCAGCUGCUAGCUGAAUUGGGGCAGCACAACGACUGUGAGAUUGAGGAGAAGAAAUCCAAACUGGAACAGCUUAAGACUGUCCUGGAGAUGUACGGUCAUUUUUCUGGGAUAAAUCGCAAAGUGCAACUGACCUACCUGCCCAAUGGCCAACUGAAAGCAUCAAGUGAGGAAGAAGACUCUCAGAAGGAAGGUCCUUCUUUGCUGUUGGUGCUAAAAUGGGGAGGCGAGUUGACUCCAGCAGGUCGUGUGCAGGCUGAGGAGCUGGGGAGAGCUUUCCGCUGCAUGUACCCUGGAGGACAAGGUGACUAUGCUGGAUUCCCUGGCUGUGGCUUACUGCGUUUACACAGCACUUACCGCCAUGAUCUCAAGAUCUAUGCUUCAGACGAGGGCCGGGUACAGAUGACUGCUGCUGCUUUUGCAAAGGGGCUGUUGGCUUUGGAGGGUGAAUUGACCCCUAUUCUGGUGCAAAUGGUUAAGAGUGCCAACAUGAAUGGCCUGCUGGACAGCGACAGUGACUCGCUCACAGAUUGUCAGCAGCGUGUCAAAGCUCGGCUCCAUGAGAUCAUGCAGAAAGAACAAGAUUUCUGUGAAGAGGACUACCAAAAACUUGCCCCAACGGAAAGCCCUUCUCUGGUCAACUCCAUGAGAAUUAUAGAAAAUCCUGUCAAAACAUGUGACCAGGUUUUUGCUCUCAUUCAGAGCCUCACACAUCAAAUACGAAAAUGGCUAGAGGACCCGAAGUCUGCAGAUCUGCAGCUGUACCACAGUGAGACUUUGGAGCUCAUGCUCCAGCGCUGGUCCAAACUGGAAAGAGAUUUCCGCAUGAAGAAUGGGCGUUAUGAUAUAAGCAAAAUUCCUGACAUCUACGAUUGUGUGAAGUAUGACACACAGCACAACAGCUCCCUGGGCCUGGAGAACACUCUGGAGCUCUUCCGGCUUUCCCGGGCACUUGCUGACAUCAUCAUUCCUCAGGAGUAUGGGAUAAAUAAAAUGGAGAAGCUGGAUAUUGCUAGUGCCUACUGCCUGCCCCUGGUAAAGAAAAUCCAGCUGGACCUGCAGAGGACACACGAGGAUGAGGCUGUCAACAAGCUUCAUCCACUGUGGUUCAGGUAUUCGCGAGGCGUGAUGUCUCCGGGUCGGCAUGUGCGGACCCGGCUUUAUUUCACCAGCGAGAGUCAUGUCCAUUCUCUUCUCAGCAUUUUUAGAUACGGAGGCCUUCUUAAUGAGGAGAAAGACGAGCAGUGGAAGCAGGCCAUGGACUACCUCAGUGCUGUAACGGAGCUCAACUACAUGACUCAGAUUGUCAUUAUGCUGUAUGAAGACAACAAUAAGGAUCCAUCUUCAGAGGAACGUUUUCAUGUAGAGCUGCACUUCAGUCCUGGAGUGAAGAGUUGUCGUGAUGAGGAGAACGCACCAAUGGGCUUUGGGUUCCGCCCUGCCUCUUCCGAGAACCAGGAGAAGCAGGAAAACCUGGGCAGUCUGGAGGAUUUGUCACAGGAUGAACCUGACCGAGCCAAUCUUGCUGAACACCUGAAUGUUCACAAAAAGUCCCCACUAAUUCGUAACCGAAAAGCUGGUUCCAUGGAGUACGUCUGUGUAUUUUGCAUGCAGGUCCUCUCAGAGAGCACAACCUCCUCUCGUGGUGCAGGUUAUCGCCUAUUUCCUUCGUGUUCCCGCCAAGUUCCCUGUGAGGUCAAAUCUGGUGGCCUUGGCUCCCUGUUCACUGGCCUCUUCAGUUCCUCCUUCCGGGGGGUCUCCUCCAGUGCCCCCAACCUUCGAGAGCUGGCUCGAACCCAGCGCAAAAAAGCUACAUCCCCUCAGAGGCGAGUCAGUAGAGAGGAGUUGCUCUCAAUGCCGGCUGUAAAGAGGUUUUCUGUGUCAUAUGCCAGGCAUCCAACUAAUGGAUUUGAAGGCUGCUCCUUGGUGCCAUCUAUAUAUCCCCUGGAGACCCUGCACAACUCUCUCUCACUAAAACAGGUGGAUGAAUUCCUCAACAAAGUGUGCGAAAGCCGAAGAGAAACCCUCGCCAAGACCCUAAAGACUUUAAGAGGAAUGUUUGAUUCUCAGAUUCAGCCUUCAACAGAGUCUGAGGGUCAGGAGUCAACCAUGUCUCCUUUAGCUUCUCCAUUACCAUAACAGGUAGCCCUGUCACUAUAGUGUGAGUAUCUGCUCCAAUAUAGCAGCUUUUCAUGACUCCAGGAGAAAUCUAUCAUCCCUAUCAUGUCACUAUCCGGAGUCAGGGGCUGUCCAAAAUAUGCAGCAUUCUUGAGCGUCUGCCACCAAAGAGACAACGACGCCAGUCCUUAAACAGUCACAGGCACUUGACACACCAUCGGUUUAUCCGUUAAACCUAAUGCUGGCUCUACUUAACUUUAUCCCACCCUCAUGUUGAGCUUUAAAUGUCAGAAUGUCUUGUGUGAGGUUUUUUUUUCAUUAAUUUUGUUAAUCUGAUGUAUCUAGAUCAACUCUAAACAUUUCCCCUCACUGCAAAUCUCAGUUGCUUGUUGUAUGUGGUGUAGAUUUGUUAAGUUUCAUUAUUCAUUUACUAUCGGUUUUAUGUUUCUGACUCAAACUAGCUACAUGAUCUCGGCAUAAAUGUCCUACAGUAUAGCGUUGUUCUUCCUGUCAGUGCAUAUCGGAGUUUCACUACUUGGGUUUCUUUCUAAGCAAAUUUUGUCAGUAAGAAAACAUACAAAGAACAUAUGCUUGAUUGCCUUCUGGAGCAAACUUACAAAUGUCCUGCAGAGCAUCUGGUCACAGGCUUAUGCCACUUAAAUUACUAUUUUCUCUUACACUAGUUCCUGACAGGAAUUAUUGAGUGUAAAGCAUGGUUUUUGUAAGCAUGGUUGGUCCUUUAUAAUGUCAUUCAAAAUGCCAUUUCCUGUGAAACAGUCGGGUCUUGGCUGCAUUUAUGGACCAGACUGUUUAUUAUAAUGUCUGAUUUGUAAGUUUAUUAGUUGUUUAAUCAGUUCUUUUCCUAUGUCUUUUUGUUCUAUAUGUGCCUUGGCAAUUGAUUGUACUUCUAUCUGUCAGAAGAUGCAAGCACUCAAUCCAUUAAUGUUUCCAGUUUAUGACCUUCAACUCAAAUCUUGACUAGUGUAACCUCCAGUCUGUACACUGUGCAGCUGCACUGAUUAUAUUGCUUAUUUAUUCAGACUUGAGAUCAGCUUUAUUCUUUGCUUUACAUUACACCAGGUGGCUGGUGCUAAUCUGAGAGCACCGUUUUGAGGUGUAGCUCCUGCCAUAUAUUGCCAUCGAGCCGCCACUUGCUCAUCUACUCUAUUUUGCACUUAUUGUAUUUUGUCUAGUUAUGCAGUUUUCAUGUUUUGCUGAGCCUUUUCAGCUCCAGGAAAUGAGCAAAACUCUGAGUCCAGCAAUUAGUUGCACUUUUAUUCCUCUGUAAUCUGCAGCAGAGAUAUUUAAUUAUAGCUUAUUUUCUGAGCAGUGUGAAGAUUGUAAUUGCCUGUUCUCUCAGCUGAUUGCAGUUGUCACAUCUUAUAGCCAAGCAAUUUCAUUGGACAUUGUAAAGUCACUCUGUGUCAGGCAAUGCCUAAGAGAUGCAGGUAGACCAAUCAGAUCACAGUGGUGUGUUCAGUGGUGACGUCUCCUCGUCCAGGAUGCACAUACAGCUGAGUCACUGUGCCAGUGAACACAUGAAAUGAAUGAUGAAAGUAAUGAUCCUGUAGCCAAAUGAUCAAGCACAUUGUUUUAAAUUGAUACUUUUUUUUUGCAUAAAUUGCAUUAUGUUCUAAUAAUUUUAUAAUGAGAUUGAGACUUGAAUUAAAUAUAAAUAUUUGUAUUUGAUAUUUGAAAAAAUGUAUUUUGUCAAGCGCAGUGCCUUAUUACUAUUAUAAGUAUUACAAAGGUUUUUUUUUUUUUUUUUUUUUUUUAAUAAACUUCUCAGCCAGUACUGAUUUUACCUCUAUACCUCUACAUACUCUGAUAGUGUCCUGCUUAGAAUUUGUUAUGAUCUGCUGUUUUUGGUAAAGUGUAAUUUUAUUCUAAAUCUUAUAACAGUUCAGUUCUAGAAAUUUCAUUUCAAAUAGCAUUGUCACAUUAAAGAAAUUUUGGGUACAAAA